AUGGCGGAAACUGCCAUCAUUUCCAAGACUGAGACGAAAUCGCCGAAGCGGUCGUCGCCGUCAAACAAAGCUGAAGAUCCCGAAUCAAAGAGACCAGAAUCAAAUGCGGAUACUACCACGAAACCUUUGGCCCCUCCGCCGCGACCCGUGCCUGCACAGGGAACACCCGAUUACUUCAAUCCCGGAAUGGGUGGCUCGCUAAGCCUCGAGCCCAAUCCAUUCGAACAAUCUUUCGGAGCACCACCGGAGACUCCCGGAGGCACCAAGUUGCCUUCCGUCGCGGCACUGACAUCGCCCUCAUCGCUACUUCCCGGCAGCGGUGCGACACCGUUCAACUGGGGAGGCGGCUCGUUACGCACUGGUCCGUUGAGCCCGGCAAUGCUUUCGGGACCGACGAAUGAUUACUUUGGGGACACACAUCAUCUGCGUGGCGGAUUCCCCACGCCCAACGAGUCUUCGCUGAGGACGGGUUUGACGCCAGGAGGAGGCGGGUCUAUGUUUCCUGCUGCUAGCCCAAGCGCUCAAGCGUUUAUGAACGGCGGGACCACACCGAGCACUCUCGAUUUCCAUCGAACAGCUCUUGCUGCGGCGGCAGCCAAGCGAGAAGCAGGCCUUAACCAGACUCAAAACCAACCGCAAACACAGCCACCCCAGCAGCAGUCGCUCCCUGCAACCUCGCAGCCUGAGGACAUGUCAAACGGAAAUGCAAAGGCGGAAGCCAAGCCUGCCACAGGUCCUUUUGAUCCGCAUGAUAACGACGCGGCAAACGGCCUCUUCAUGCUGGCUCAGGGUCGCAAUGGUGCCCAGUCUCAGAACAACUACGCCGUACAGCAGCCGCCGCAAGCGCAUGCCCACGCGCAUCCUGCCCCGGCACCUCCUGCGAUCAAGACAUCACCCCACAUGAACACCGUUAAUGGAACAUCAGGGGCACCGCCUAGCGCCACAAGGAGUGACCGAACCGGAAGCGUUGGGUCGGACGAUGCGGAGCAAAGCAGACCUUCCACCCGAGGCAAAACUAAGAAGAGCACAACGACAGCAGCACCGGCAACCAACGGCAAAAGGAAGCGCAGUGAUGCUCAACCAGCCAAGGCAGCAAACACCAAGCAGGCCAAGGCUAAUGGAAAUGGCAUGCCUCACUUCAGCCCUGAGCCUGAGAUGUCGGAUGAUGAUGACGAUGAGAUGAAGUUGGACAAGGAGGGCAACCCCAAAGGAAAACAGACAGACGAGGAGAAGCGCAAGAACUUUUUGGAGCGCAACAGGGUGGCCGCUCUCAAAUGUCGGCAGCGCAAAAAGCAGUGGUUGGCUAACUUACAGAGCAAGGUUGAAUUGUAUGGUGCCGAGAACGAAAGCCUAACAGCCCAAAUUGGUCAGUUGCGGGAAGAAGUUGUGAACCUGAAAACAUUACUCCUUGCCCACAAGGACUGCAAUGUUACUCAGGCACAAGGACUUCAAGGGCAGUUCAUGCAGCAACCGCCAAUGGACCACUUCAACGCUCAAAUGAACCCUUAUGGCUUGGCGCCGACAGGAAUGCCACCGCAGCCAGUUAUUGCCAACGGCGGUCAAAGGCGGUAUUCAUAG